AUGUAUACAACUCGUGCUACUGAGGCUGCCCAAUAUGUGCAGUGUGACCAGGGAGAAGACCGUUGGCUGAGCACUCUGAUACUGCAACAAGGCUACAGAAUUGAUUACUGCGCCGCUGCUGAUGCAAUGACUCAUGCUCCAGAGACAUUUUCCGAGUUCUUCAACCAGAGACGCCGAUGGGGACCAUCAACGUUAGCAAACAUUGUCGAUUUGCUUGGCAGCUGGAAGACGACUGUGAUGGUUAAUGACAACAUUAGCACUCUGUACAUGCUCUAUCAGUUUUCCUUUCUUCCUCUUGUCGAGUUUUCCUUUCUUCCUCUUGUCGAGUUUUCCUUUCUUCCUCUUGUCGAGUUUUCCUUUCUUCCUCUUGUCGAGUUUUCCUUUCUUCCUCUUGUCGAGUUUUCCUUUCUUCCUCUUGUCGAGUUUUCCUUUCUUCCUCUUGUCGAGUUUUCCUUUCUUUCUUCCUUUCUUCCUCGAGUUUUCCUUUCUUCCUCUUGUCGGUUUUCCUUUUUUCUUCAGUUUUCCUUUCUUCCUCUUGUGAGUUUUUCCUUUCUUCCUCUUGUCGAGUUUUCCUUUCUUCCUCUUGUCGAGUUUUUUCCUUUCUUCCUCUUGUUUUCCUUUCUUCCUCUUGAGAGUUUUCCUUUCUUCCUCUUGUCGAGUUUUCCUUUCUUCCUCUUGUCGAGUUUUUUUUUCAGCUCUAUAAUAGCUUAG